AACUCAACAUCAAAAAAGAAGGAUAACUGACAUCACAGGAUUAUUAUGAACUGAUAUGUGGGGAUCAUCCCCAGACUCUGGGCCGGAAACUUAAACCAACACCAUAACAGACAGACAGAUCACUUUAACUGUGGAGACGGGACAGCGUGCUGUCCAGAGACCCAGCCUGACGCACGGAGACGGACAGACAGACGAACAGUCUGAUGCCAACUGUCUCCACUGUCAAUCUCACGGCACCACUCCUCCUCCUGUUGCUAUGGGCAACCCACCCAACCAUGGCAACCAACUGGCUCUCCCUGGCGAGGCUGCCUCGCUCCAGGCCCGUGUCUGGUGCUGCCCCAUGUGCACGGCUGAGGGGCCUGACCCCAGGGCAGGUGGGGGUGUGCAGGGCGCGAGGGGAGGUCAUGGAGUCCGUACGCAAGGCAGCCGAGAUGGUCAUAGAAGAGUGCCAGCACCAGUUCAGGAAUCGCCGCUGGAACUGUUCCACCACCCCACGUGGGAUCAAUGUAUUCGGGAGAGUCAUGAACCAAGGGACUCGUGAGGCGGCCUUUGUGCACGCUCUGUCCUCAGCAGCCGUGGCAGUGGCUGUGACCCGAGCCUGCACCCGCGGGGAGCUGGAAAGGUGUGGCUGUGACAGGAAGGUCAGGGGGGUCAGUCCCGAGGGAUUCCAGUGGUCAGGGUGCAGUGACAACCUGUCCUACGGUGUGGCUUUCUCCCAAACAUUUGUGGAUGAACCAGAACGAGCCAAGGGGCUGUCAGCAGGGCGACCACUCAUGAACCUCCAUAACAACGAGGCUGGUCGAAAGGCCAUCCUUCACAACAUGCAGGUGGAGUGUAAGUGUCAUGGCGUCUCUGGUUCCUGUGAGCUGAGGACCUGCUGGAAGGUUAUGCCUCCAUUCAGGCGUGUCGGCGCUGUGCUCAAGGAACGCUUUGAUGGAGCCACAGAGGUUCGCCUGACCCGUAUAGGAUCCAGGACGGCCCUGCUCCCACGUGAUCCCCAGGUCAAACCCCCUGCUGCCAGAGACCUUCUGUACCUUGCGCCCUCUCCAGAUUUCUGCCAUUUGGACCCUGAGAACGGUAUCCCUGGGACUGCUGGCAGGAGAUGUAACGGAACCUCUCGGCUGGCUCCAGAUGGCUGUGAGCUGGUGUGCUGUGGACCAGGAUACAGAGCGGGCCGGGCUGAAGUGGUGCAGCGCUGCUCCUGCAAGUUUUCCUGGUGCUGCUCAGUCCGCUGCCAGCAGUGCAAAAACACAGUCACCAUUCACACCUGCAGAGUCUAAGAGGGCCCAAGCAAGACCAAACUGCCCGAGCAGAAAGAAACAAAACAUCUACUCGACAGACACUCGCAAACACAAGAUGGGAUAAGGGUGAUACAAUAAUUAAUUACAGUAAUUAAUUCAGACUUUUGCCCAAAAUUAUCUUAAAAUCUGGCCAAAGGCAGUCUUAAUUUAACUCAUUUUCGAGUGCAGUGAGGCCAAAGUUUGAGGACUCUGUUGUAAAAGCUAAAAAGUAAGUACAUGUAAUAACAAAAAAACAAUGAGUAAGCAUCAACAGUAAGCGAGCUACACACAAAAAUCACCUUCAGAAACAGACGGGUGGGCAGGCACAGACAUGCACAUACACAUGAACACACUCCACAGUUAAUCUCAUAUUGACAAAGCUUUAAAAGCGGAACUUAACCAGAACUAACAAGGAAGCAUUGCAGCACUGUCUUU